CCCAACUUAUCCCUGAUCGUGGCGCUCCCUCUGCCGACAAUCUCCGCUCAGCUCUGCCCGGCCACCAGGUACUUUCGUUUUCAGAAGCGGCUUCUACAGCAGGAGGAGAAGAUGGAAGGAUUGUUGUCAGGUUGAUGAUGAUAAAGGAAUGGAACAGGACAGACAACUGCAGUUGGAUUGUCCAGCUAUACUGUUAGGAGGAUUUUUGGCAAAGAAGAGGAGAUACAUCUAAAAUACAGUAUGGAAACUCAAACCAGUGAAGAUCAUUUGAAAGUCCAGAAAAUGAAGAAGAAGGUAUUGAGGAAGCAGGUCAGAGCUCAGCAUACACUGAUGAGACAUGAGGGCAUAAAGUGCAUCUCCCAUGCUACACAGAGCCUGGUUAUUGCCAAUGCUGGUCUUGGUAAUGGGAUGAGUAGACAGCAACUGCUCAGGAUACUGGAAGAAUAUGGAGCAAUGGAAACACUCUCCAUGCCACCAAAUAAACCAUAUUCAUUUGUGAAAUAUAAGACAACAGAAGAAGCCAAGAAAGCCUUUAAUGCCCUUAAUGGGAAGGAAGUAACACUGGAAGGCUGUAGCCAAAACAUUGUUCUAUAUAUUAAUUUUGUGGAAAAAGUUUCCUUGCAAAAUGCUGUUCCUACAAGCUUGCCUCCAGGCUUAAUGGUAGUUGAGAAGAUUAUUUCUCCAGAAGAAGAAAGGAGGAUGUUGGAAAGUAUUGACUGGAAAGGAGAUGAAGAUACUCAGAAUGCCCAGAAGACUUUAAAGCAUAGAAGAGUAAAGCAUUUUGGGUAUGAGUUUCGCUAUGAUAACAAUAAUGUUGAUAAAGACAAACCAUUGCCUGGAGGUCUUCCUGAAAUUUGCAAGCCAUUCUUAGAAAAGUGCUUAAAGCAGGGAUAUAUCAAACAUAAACCUGAUCAACUGACUGUAAAUCAGUAUGAACCUGGACAGGGAAUUCCCCCUCAUACUGAUACACAUUCUGCUUUUGAAGAUGAAAUAAUCUCACUCAGUUUGGGAGCUGAGAUUGUGAUGGAUUUCAAACACCCUGAUGGCCAUACAGUGGCAAUUAUGUUGCCCCGAUGCAGUUUAUUGGUGAUGACUGGAGAAUCCAGAUACCUGUGGACACAUGGGAUCACACCCAGGAAAUAUGAUGUUAUCCAGGCAUCAGAACUUGGGCACAAAGUUGGAACAAUCACUACUGAUGUUGGAGAUUUAACAUUAAAUCGAAGGGAAACAAGGACAUCAUUUACAUUCAGGAAAGUGAGGAGAAGCCCUUGCAAUUGCAUUUACCCAUCUGUCUGUGACAGCCAGAAAGGACAGCAGACAGCAGUGCAACCUUCAUUUCCCCAGAAUGAGAUGGAGGCCUCAAAACUGGAGCAAGAAUAUGUACACAAGGUGUAUGAAGAGAUUGCCACACACUUCAGUAGUACCAGGCAUAGCCCAUGGCCCCGAAUUGUAGAGUUUCUCAGGUCCUUGCCAACAGGGUCAAUAGUGGCUGAUAUUGGCUGUGGUAAUGGGAAGUACCUUGGCAUCAACAAGGAUUUGUACAUGGUUGGCUGUGAUCGCAGCAAAAACCUGGUGGAUAUUUGUGGAGAAAAACAUUUCCAGGCAUUUGUCUGUGAUGCCCUGUCAGUGCCAAUGCGCAGCGGUUCUUGCGAUGCCUGCAUCUCAAUUGCUGUAAUCCACCACUUCUCAACAGCAGAGCGGAGAUUGGCUACUAUCCAGGAACUAGCUCGGCUUCUAAGAUCUGGUGGAACAGCACUCAUUUAUGUCUGGGCAAUGGAACAAGAAUACAAAAACCAGAAGUCUAAAUACCUUAAGGAAAAGAAUUGUAGUAAAAACAAAGACAAGGAAAUGAAUACUGGCACAGCCCAGAGACCACUUAGUGACCAAGGGCCUGAUAACAGCAGCCAAGACUCAGCUUGGUCUGACCAGCUCCUUAAGGACUUGAAGGAUGAAAGCUGUGGUGCCAAGCCAGUAGCAGACUUCAGACUGCCUGUUCACACUAACAGAACCUCCUUUCACUCUCAAGAUUUGCUGGUUCCCUGGCACCUGAAAGGUGGUACUAAAAAGAAAGAGGAAAAUGUUGAUACAGUGUUGAUUCCAGGUGGCUCCAAAGAAUCACAAGAAGUCAGCCCUGUUUUCCACCGCUAUUACCAUGUGUUCUGUGAAGGGGAACUGGAAGCAGUAUGCAGAUCCCUGGAUUGUGUGAGGGUUCAAAAGAGCUAUUAUGAUCAGGGAAACUGGUGUGUGAUUCUAGAGAAGUUGUAGCUUGUGAUGCAUCCUCUACUAUCUGUAGAGUUUUUGUUUUUUAUAGUGAAAGGUAUUUUGUGAAAGGUAUUUUUAAUGUAGGCUCCAGCUAUUGCCUCUUUUAAAAUAACAGAAUAAAGAUUGUGUAUUGAGUUAAUAACAGUGACUAGCACUGUGUGCAUAUGUUAACAAAAUAAUGGCCAAACUCAGUUACUACCUCUGCAGAGUGUUUGCUUUACUUCUCUGAAAUACAGUGAAGAGGAUUAAGUGGGAAAAUAUUGCCCAUGCAAAUCAUAAGGGCCAGUGUUGAGCUUUUAAAGACAAAGGACUUGGUUCUCCCUUCUCUUACACCAUUUUAUAUUGAUGUAGCUGCAGUGCUUUCCCUGCAGUCCACAGCUAAUUGGAAUGGAAUCUGGGCAGGAAAAGCAGAGCUGUUUGCUGUGUAAAUUGUGGAUCAGGGAGGAGGGAGUGGAUGGCAUAUGAAGCAGUAAAGCUGAAGAGUCAAACUGUUGCCUCAACUUUGGUCCUGCCUGUUUGUGUGUCCAUGAAGGGUGACAGAUCUCUUUCAGUUUGGAAUUUACUCUCUUGUUUGUGGUAAUAAUGAUUUCCUCAAAGGGAACUGGAAAGUUAGUGGGGAUUCCAGAGACACUUUUUCUCUUCCUUGACUCAAAUACCCACAACUCAUGCUGUCCAUCCCCAGAUUUCUGUAACUCUUCAUUGUAGUGUUGUGUGAAAGCUCCUGUGAAGCGUGAGUUUCAGCCCAGCUAGAACAGCCAGACCAACU